AUGCAAGAGUCGACACUCGCCCCAGGAGAUGAGGGCUUUGACUUUGAGUCCAGUCUACGGGACGUAGUAGACAAACUGGAUCGCUCGGACGUCAAGCGCAGGGAGCUUGGUGUCUUGUUUGAGAAGUUGCGGGUAGUCGGCCUUGGCGAGUCGGCCGCGAUUCAGUCAACAUUCGGUUCGACCCUCAAUCCUGUCAACUGGAUACAAGGCAUCCAGCACAUGCGCCAUCCAGCAACCCGGGAUAUUCUCAGUGGGUUCGAAGGUGUUGUGCGGCCAGGCGAGAUGCUCCUUGUCCUAGGGAGACCAGGCGCAGGUUGCACGACGCUCUUGCGUACUCUCGCCAACCAACGAGGCGACUACCAUGCCGUUGAAGGAGACGUGUUCUACGACUCGUUGUCGCACCGGGAUGUCGAGAAGUACUGCCGUGGCGACACACUCCAGUUUGCGUCCGUCACACGCACGCCCUACGGGCAGCUUGACGCUACGACACGACAGAGGCACGUUGAUGUCAUGACUGAUGUUCUCAAGUCCGUCUUCGGGCUCCGGCAUGUAAAGGAUACCCUGGUGGGCGACGCCUCCAUCCGAGGAGUCUCCGGUGGUGAGAAGAAGCGAGUUUCGAUCAGCGAGACCCUUGCUACGCGCAGCCUCCUGACGUGCUGGGAUAACUCAACACGAGGCCUUGACUCAUCGACUGCGCUCGAGUUCGUCAGAGCUCUUCGGACGGUUACUGAUGUGACACGAAUAUCGACCGUGGUCUCGAUCUAUCAGGCCGGAGAGCAGCUCUACGAUCACUUCGACAAGGUCUGCGUUAUCUAUGAGGGACGCAUGGCAUACUUCGGCCCGGCGAACAGGGCACGACAGUACUUCAUCGAUAUGGGGUAUGAGCCUGCCAACCGCCAGACAACAGCCGACUUCCUCGUUGCCGUGACUGAUCCCAAUGGUCGGAUACCUCACCCUGGCCGGAGUCUGCUGGCGCCACGGACGGCAAUCGAACAUGGAGCAGUACCGCAGCUCUACGUGGCCAAGCCUGAGCUGCGGAGGGCAUAUCUUGAGAGCGUCCGUUCAGAACGCUCGCGCACACAACAAGAACAGCCCCUUAUGCUCUCGAUCCCUGGUCAAGUCCGUGCGCUCAUGAUCGAGAGUGCAGAUCAUGCGGGAGCGAUGACUGCUCUGCUCAUCGAACUUGCCUCGUUCAUCAUCCUUGCACUGAUCGUGGGAACGAUCUAUCUCCGGCUCAAGGCCGAUACGUCGACGUUCUUCUCGCGGGCCAGUGUCAUCUUCUUUGCGUACGUCUGGUCAGGUCUCUCGACCAUGGCAGAGAUCCCGACCCUGUUUGCGCAACGUCCCAUCAUCCUGCGGCAAUCAAGGGCAUCCAUGUACCACCCGUUCGUCGAUGCCCUCGCGCUGACGCUUGUCGACAUUCCUAUCACGCUUGUUACGAUGAUUCUUUUCUCAACAAUCCUGUACUUCCUCGCGGGACUGCAAGAUUCGGCCGGACAAUUUUUUAUUUUCAUGCUUUUUCUUUGCGUCAUGACCAUCACGUUGAAGGCCUUCUUCCGGAGUAUAACAGCCGCAUUCUCAGACCCUGCACCUGCAACCGCUGCGGCGGGUAUCCUGAUGCUUUUCUUGGUCUUGUACACCGGUUACCCUAUCCCCGUACCCUCGAUGAUCCCGGCCCUGUCAUGGAUCACGUACAUCAACCCUCUCAAAUACGGCUUCGAGGCGCUCAUGCUCAACGAGUUCUCGACCUUAAAUGCCAAAUGCGAAACCCUGAUCCCCGCUGGCGUGGGCUAUGAGAACAUCACACUGACUAAUCAGGGAUGCGCUGUCGAAGGAUCGCAGCCUGGACACGCUACCGUCAAUGGGUUGGCAUACCUGAAGGACGCGUACGGCUUCGUCGCUGGCGACCUGUGGCGAAACUUCGGCAUUCUAUGCGCGUUCUGCAUCCUCUUCGUCGGGCUCCUCGUCCUCCUGACCGAGUUCAAUAACGGCUCUUCUGGCGAGUCCGCCUCUGUCCUCUUCAAGGAAGGCUCAAAGGCGGAGGACAUAUCCAACGGCCCAGCCAAGGGCGGCGACGUGGAGAAGGGUGUUCCUGCCCACACGUCGGUCCGCAUGUCCUUCCCGAACACCGGCGAGAAGACACCCACCUAUGUGAAGAAGACCCCAGUCAAGGGUAACGUCUUCUCCUGGCAGCGGUUGUGCUACACCGUCCCUGUGUCUGGAGGCAACUACCGGAGGAUUUUGGACGAAGUCUCAGGUUACGUUGCUCCGGGUAAGCUCACGGCCCUGAUGGGCGAGUCGGGCGCCGGCAAGACCACGCUCCUCAAUGUUCUCGCGGAGCGCGCCGGCGAAGGCUACGUGACAGGGCAACGCUAUAUCAACGGGUUGCCUCUGCCGCGCGACUUUCAGGCUCAGACUGGCUACUGUCAGCAGACCGACACGCACGUCAAGUCUGCGACCGUGCGUGAGGCUCUUCUAUUCUCGGCGAAACUGCGCCAACCGGCAUCUGUACCACUCGCGGAGAAGGAGGCAUACGUCGAGGAAUGCAUCAGGAUGUGUGGCCUCGAACCCUACGCUGACGCCAUUCUGGGUACCCUUGGAUGCGAACAGCUCAAGCGCACCACCGUGGGUGUUGAACUCGUCGCCAAGCCGUCGCUGAUCUUCCUGGAUGAGCCUACUUCGGGAUUGGACUCGCAGAGUGCAUGGGCUAUUGUUGGUUUCUUGCGACAGCUCGCCGACAGUGGCCAGUCAAUUGUCUUCGACAAGCUCUUGUUACUUCAGAAGGGCGGACAGACCGUGUACUUCGGAGAUCUCGGUCCUGGCGCAGCUACCGUUCUCAAGUACUUUGAGAAUAGUGGUGCGCGGAGAUGCGAGGCCCUCGAGAACCCUGCAGAGUACAUCCUGGAUGUUGUCGGUGCAGGCGCUACCGCGAUGUCGAAGGCAGAUUGGCACGCCGCCUGGAAGCAUUCGCCCGAAGCGCAGGACUUGCAUCAAGAUCUCGACUUCAUCUGCAUGGCCGGCGCUGACCGUCCCGCAAGCGGCGACCCUGAGCCUCUCAGAUACUGUACAUCCUGGGCGUACCAGCUGGCGACGUUGCUCCAGAGGGAUGCGCGCACUUUGUGGAGAGAUCCGACAUACCUGAUUGCGAAGAUGGCUGUCAAUGUUUUCUGCGCUCUGGUCAUUGGCUUCACGUACUGGAAGUCGCAGAGUACCAUUCAGGGAACGCAGAACAAGCUUUUUUCGAUCUACAUCUCCACCUUCCUUGCAGCGCCCCUCGUCGAACAGCUCCAGGUUCCCUUCCUCGAGAUGCGCAGUAUCUUCGAGAUUCGCGAGCAGCACAGCCGCAUGUACAAGUGGUCCGCUCUGAUCACCUCUCAGCUGCUUGUCGAGAUCCCGUGGAACAUCCUCGGCUCCUCGCUGUUCUUCGUCUGCUGGUACUGGACCGCUGGCUUCCCGACGGAUCGUGCUGCGUACACCUACCUGCUCUUUGGCGUCAUAUAUCCGUUGUACUACACUUCGUUUGGCCAGGCUACAGCAGCAAUGGCUCCCAAUGCUGAGAUCGCAGCGCUGAUCUUCAACGCGCUGUUCGCCAUCAUGAUCGUCUUUGAUGGUGUCCUUCAGCCUUACCGCGAACUCGGCAAGUGGGUGUGGAUGAACAAGAUCUCGCCAUCCACGUACUUCGUGGAUGGUUUCCUUGGUCAAGCCGUCGGAAGGACGCAGAUCUCCUGCUCUUCCGUGGAGUUCAUCAAGAUCAACCCUCCCUCUAGCCAGACCUGCAUGCAGUAUCUGAGCAACUUCUGCCAGUACAGGACAACGGACCAGUUCCUGGCAAGCCGGAACGUCUCCUACGACAACCGGUGGCGGAGUCUCGGCAUCUUCAUCGGAUUUACGGUCUUCAACGUGGUCGCCAUCUAUAUAAUAACCUAUUUCUGCCGAGUACGGACUGGCUCGCUUCUUGACUGGCUACGAUCACGAUCUAUACCUCGCUGGAGGAAGCCCCAAAAGCCCACUCGGACGUAA